AGUUACAUCACGGAGGCCUAGCUGGCACGUGAUCGUCACGUGCUUCUGAUGUCACGGUUUUGUGUAGUUCUGGAAUCGGCUGGACAAGAUGGCGACCCCCAUAGUAAAAGUUCCACGCAACUUUCGUUUGUUGGAAGAGCUGGAAGAGGGACAGAAAGGAGUUGGAGAUGGCACUGUUAGCUGGGGUCUUGAAGAUGACGAAGAUAUGACACUUACAAGAUGGACAGGAAUGAUUAUUGGACCUCCAAGGACAAACUAUGAAAACAGAAUAUACAGCCUAAGAGUAGAAUGUGGGCCUAAAUAUCCAGAAGUACCUCCAACAGUUAGAUAUGUCACAAAAAUUAGUAUGAAUGGAAUAAACAAUUCUAAUGGAAUGGUGGAUGCACGUAGCAUACCAGUUCUAGCUAAAUGGCAAAAUUCAUAUAGUAUUAAAGUUGUUCUUCAAGAUCUAAGGCGUCAGAUGAUGUCCAAAGAAAAUAUGAAACUUCCACAACCACCUGAAGGACAAACCUACAGCAAUUAAUUCUAAUAAAUUCUUAUAGCCCUCUGUCUUAAAAUAAAAAGAAAAAACAAAAAGAAACUUAUUCUCCUAAAUGGAAAACAUAAUGUCUUGUAAUUUUUCACAAUGCUUACCACCCACACAAAGAAUCACAUUAGCAGGAACAAGAACUUGGAGUCUUUGUAUUAGAGAAGUAAUAACUAAUACUUGCCCCUUACAACAGAUGCUGUCAAAGAUUAGGCAGGCACAAGUGAUUAUUUUUACAAUGGAGCACUGUUUUAAGAAAUAUAAGCUUGUAGUACCUCUAAAUUAUAACUUGGGCGUUUGCUAGAAGAGAGCAUGAAAGUAAGUACAGGUCAUUGCACAGCUAUAGCAAAUAUAUAGAUAGAUAUAUAUAUAUAUAUAUAUAUAUAUAUAUAUAUGAAUGAAUAAUACACACACAAAAUGUUAAAAGUACAGGUCUCAAAAUGUGUAUAUAGUAGCAUGCUUUAAAACCAAUCAUAAAGAGCUGCAAAUUCAAAUAAAAUUGUUUAUUAGUAACAUUUAGCAGGAACACUGAAAUAUGUUGCCGAUAUUUUGUUUAUGAAUAUUAGUUGAACUGUGGGUGUAGACUACUGUUAGUGUCACAGAGUGUGUUUAAGGGUUGUUUUUUGAUACCUGUAUUUAUGGCAAAACAGUUGAUUACUGUGAAGCAGCUCUAAUGUGUUAUGUAACAGACAUUGCAGAUAUUUGUUUACGGUCUUUGUUGUACUCAAAUUUGCAUUUAUCUUUUAGUGAAAAAAUGAAAACAAAAUAAAAAGGCAAUAGGUGUACAAACGUGAUUUUUUUUUUUCCUCAAGACUUCUCUGCAAGUGUGCUUUCUUUCUGCAGUUUAUUAUCGGGAAUAGCGUGUGGUAUAUGCCUUCAUGGAUACACCAAAGGCCUGUUACGACAAGGGAAGCCGAAUUUCAUGCUGAUGUGGAAGGCCACGCAUGAUAUUAUUGACUGGUGUUUUUGAAGUUUAAUGCAUAUUAUAAACGGGGGACUGAAGCAGGAGAUCGUAUCAUUUGGGAGCAUCAUAUGAAAACUGUGACAUUGUAUGUAAACAAAUGAUUAAACCUAAAUUGGGUUAUUUAUAAAUAUGUAUACUGUGUAUAAAGCUCACCUGCCAAACAAAAAAAUAAGUGUGUAAACAGAUGAUAUUACAUAAAUAAACUGUACAAACAAAAUUA